AACUAAUCUUCUCCCUUCUGUACUCUGAUCUCCGUGUUCUAUAAUAUUCAUCCAGCCUCACCCUGUGUAGGAGGAUGUCACCCCUCCCCCAUCCACAUUCCUCUCCGGUGUCAGAGACUUUGAGUUUCGUUUCUCUUCUGCUGUCAGCGAUGGCGUCUGCUGAUCUGAGAGCUGAGCUGGAAUGUUCCGUCUGUCUGAACAUUUACACCGAUCCUGUGACCCUGACAUGUGGUCACAACUUCUGCUGGGUCUGUAUUGAUCGUGUGCUGGAUACACAGGGGGGGUCUGGAGAUUUCUUCUGUCCUGUAUGCAGAAAAAGGUUCAGGAGUCGUCCUGCACUGCAGAGGAAUAUAACACUACAUAACAUAGUGGGAAAUGUUGUGUCUGCUCAUCCAGAUUGGGAGGAGUCCGGGGUCUUCUGUACUCAAUGUGUGGACUCUCCUGUACCUGCUGUUAGAUCCUGUCUACACUGUGAGGUUUCUCUGUGUGAUAAACACCUGAGAGUCCACAAAAAGUCCCCAGAACACGUCUUAUGUGACCCCACCUUGUCCAUGGAGAGCAGGAAAUGCUCCGUCCAUAAAGAAGUUUUGAAGUAUUUCUGCACCAAAGAUAAUACUUGUAUCUGUGUGUCCUGCAGUUUGGCUGGAGAACAUCGAGGACAUCAGGUGGAGACACUGGAUGAGGCUUCUGAGAAGAAGAAGGAGACACUGAGAAAUGUUCUGCAGAAACAUCUUACAAAGAGAGAGGAGACAGAGGAAAGAGUCCAGAGUCUGCAGGAACACAGGAGGAAAGUAGAAGAAGAAGCAGCUGGUGACACCGAGAGAGUCACUGUCCUGUUUAGAGAUCUCAGGAGACGUCUGGAAGACCUGGAGAAGAGAGCCCUGAGGGAAAUCUCCGGGAGGGCAGAGCGGAUCUCCAUCUCCAUCCGGGAUCUGGAAAUAAAGAAGGAGGAGCUGUCCAGGAAGAUGCGUCACAUUGAGGAGCUGUUUAACAUGACGGAUCCAUUGUGUGAUACUGAGGAUGGAGAUAAUGAGGACAGAGAGAGACAUGAGGAGCUCCUCCAUGAUGGAGGGGGUCUGGGUGUGGCGGGGGUCUUACACACAGGUUUAUCUGAUAUAAUAACAGAGGUAAAUGUAUACUUCUAUAUACAGGAGGCUGCAGACAUAUUACUGAAUGGAAACACAGCUGGUAAUACUCUACAGAUAUCAGAUGACAGGAAAUCUGUAUCCGGGUCAGAUAUAGACCAGAAUCGCCCAGAAACACCAGAGAGAUUCCAGUGUUAUCAGGUGUUGAGCAGUCAGAGUUUCUCCUCAGGGAGACAUUACUGGGACGUGGAUGUCGGGGGGUCAGAUGAAUGGAGAGUCGGGAUGUGUUACCCCAGUAUAGAGAGGAGAGGAUGGGAGUCAUUGAUUGGAUCUAAUAAGAAGUCCUGGGGAUUGGACAGGGAUGUUAAUGAUGAUGAUGAUGAUGAGUAUUCUGUGAGACAUGACAGUAAUAAGAUCCUCUUACCAACCGAUAUUUCCAGUAACAGAGUCAGGAUAGAUCUGGAUUAUGAGGCCGGGCGGAUCUCCUUUUAUGAUCUGUGUGACCCGAUCCGACACCUCCACACCUUCACCACCACCUUCACUGAGCCCCUCCAUGCUGGGAUAGGUGUAUGGGAUGGUUGUAUAAAGAUAUGUGGGGGGAGGGAGGAGAUGUGAGAACUCCGCCCACAGUCUGGUGAUGUCAGAUGAAGGGGUGGAAUAAAUGUAAUAUUCAUCCAAUAGUAUAUAGCAGUGGGCGUGGCUUCCUUUCAAAUUUUUAUACUAUAAAUUAAUGUGCGAUUUCUUACUGAUCGCUGUGAUUGGGUAGAAUAUCUGUCCAAUUACUGGAGUAACAGUAAUCCUCGGGUCACACCUAUGCAAUUUUUUUAGUGAUUUUAUUACAGAAUCGCACUACAGUCCAUGUAACAUGGUUUCCUAUGGGACGCGGUCACAUCGAGGCUUUUCUCAGCCGCUGCGUUUUUUGGAAAGGGUCAGGGAAUUUUUAUAAUGCGUUUUUUGGUUUAAUAGACUUCAAUGGAGAAGCCGCAGAAAAGCGUGCGAUGCGUUUUUGCCACGAUUUUACAGCUUUUUUUAAUCUGCCCGACAACAAAUUUCCAAAAAAGAAAAAGGAGCAUAAAAACGAAUCAAAGGUGAAUGUGGAAAAACAGAAAACGCACCGCAAAAAAACACUGCAGGGAUGGAUAAAAAGCAAACUGCAUAGGUGGGAACCGGGUCUAACUAUCCAAUCAGACAGUGAGGGUGGGUGUGGCCUAUCUAUCUAUAGACCCAACAUCUCUCCAUAAAGAGGACCUGUCAUGUCUUAUUUCUGUCACAAGGGAUUUCUUGUGAUAGCAAUAAAAGUGAUCAAAUAAAUAAAUACAUAAAUAAAAGGAGAGAUAAAAAAAA